AUGUUCAUCGCAGCUGGUCGGACUCGCCGAGCAGGACGAAUCUCAUAUGCUGAGCCUUUCACCACAAUUAGGGAACGUGUGAACGGUAUGUCUGAUUGUGUCUUGAAACCUCAUUUAGUGGCCGAACACCAAGACCUUUGUCCGAACCACCAUGAUAACGACGGCUACAAUGCGCAUCGUGCUACCACUCCACCGCCUUCCCAAGCUGCGGCAGCUGCUAUCGAAGUCUCCCACAAGCACAAAAAGCAGAAACGGGGCCUCGAAGAAGGUUUUCGUGGUAGGAGGUAUCGACAAUAUGGAAUGAAUUUUUGUGUUAGCUUGAAUCUAUUCCAUCGCGUCGUUACGAUUUCUUUCAAAGCCUUACAGAAGAUACUCUUGGUGAUCAUUGGCCUCGCGCAUUCAGCGGUGACUUUGAUACUUGUCUGGUUUAUAUUGAAAUUGAAAGUGAAUUCGAUCCCUUCUAUUUUGGGAGUUGGAAUGAAUGGAGUAGACAAGCUAGAUGAUACAAGGCACAUUGAGAGCGGUUCCGAUGGAGAGGGUCGCAACACGGUCAUAUUAGAGCAGGUAUCAAGCCCAUGGUCUCUGGUAGGAUUAGGGGUUGAGAAGGUUUCCCCAAGGCAUGAAGAACCUCGGCGCUGUCCUGCUUCGGGACAGCUUUGCAUUAGCGAGAAUAGCGAUGGUGGAUGA